AAAAAUGUAUAAAAGCUUAAAAUGAAAUAAAAUAUAAAAAAUACCUUUAAUAAAAUAAAAAAUAAAAGAUAAAUUAAAACUAAUCUUAUGGGUAAUGCUAGUAGUGAAGUAUGUGUUAAUUAAAAUUAUGUUUCUCAAUAAAAAAUUAACACUAACAUCUUUAUGGUCAAUUUUUCAUUCAUUCAGGAUAAUUAGUAUUAAAUUGCUUAGUUAAAUAAUCCUCAAUGUCAGAACUGUAUGGCAUUUUUUAACAAAUAUAGUAUCUCCAAUCUGAUCGACUAAAAUGAGGCUACUUAAUUUAAUAAGAAUUUGAUUUAAAAAGCUUAAACUUUCUUUUACUAAAAAGCUAAUUAAGCUUUACAUUCUGAAAAACUAAUUUGGGUUUGUGAGUUUUGCUAUUUCCCAAAUAUUAUUGAAAAUCUUGACCAAUAAAUUGUAUAAGAUGCUGUAAAUAUAUAAGGAUAUUUUGAAAAAACUUAAUAACCACAAAUUAAAAAUGCUUAAUAAGAACAACAAUAAACCUAACUUGAAAAUUUCACUAAAAACUCAGGGGAAUAACUAAUUUAUGUGCUUGAUAAUAGUGGCUCAAUGAGUUCAGUUGAAAGUUAUGUUAAAAACGGUGGAGUUGUUUAAUUAUCUCGUAAAUAAAGUGUAAUUUAAUCAAUUUAAGAAAUGUCUAACUAAGGUAAUAGCUUAUAAAACAAAGAAAUAUAGUUAAUAGUCUUUUCUGACGAAGUCUAAAUUUAUACUAACAUUUAGGAUAAGCCUCAUAAUGUUAGCUCAUCUUCCUUAAAUAACUGGGAUCAACUAAUUGCAAGUGUGUAAGGAAUUUAAGAGUAAAUGGUUGGAGUUCCUGCAGAAUAAGUAAAUGAUUUACUUACAAUCUAUAGGAAAUCAAAUAAAAUGGGCUCAACUGCUUUAGGUCCAGCUAUUCUUUCAGCAGUGGAAAUUGCAAAAUCUAAUAGGGGAAGCUAAAUAAUAUUAUGUACAGAUGGAAUGGCUAAUCAAGGCCUUGGAUCUAUAUCUCAAUAAUAGUAAUCAACCUAAUUCUAUUAAGAUGUAGCUUAAUAUGCUAAAUAAAAGGGUGUGUAAGUAUCAAUCAUCGGAAUAGGAGAUGAUAAGAUGGGUUUGUAAGUGAUUGGUAAGUUAGCUGAGAAAACUAAUGGCUCUGUUUUUAAGAUUGAUUUAUCUAACUUAAAUGAUAAGCUUGAUAAUAUUCUUUAAGACAAAAUGAUAGCAAGUGAUGUAAAAAUGAAAAUAUUUAUACAUAAAAAUGUGGUACUUGAAGAUAGAGCAAAAGAUGAUUUAGAAGUAGAUGUUGGAAAUGCUACUAGAGAAAGCUGUAUCACAUUUGAAUAUCUUAUUUAACAUCCUGAAGAAUUAAAAGAUGUAUCUUCCAUCCCUUUCCAAGCAUAGAUAGAAUACACAGAUUUAAAUGGUUAAAGAUAAUUUAUAGUUGUAACUAAGUAGAUUAAGACUACCUAAAAUGCUUAGGAAGUAGAUAACAACUUAAAUAUGGAAAUAGUUGAAAAAAGAAUGGCUUAAAAAUGUGCUAACUUGAUAAAGCAAGGAGAUGCUAAAUAGGCUAAGCAGUAUUAGUAGUAAUGGAACAGCUUUGUUGAGAAGAAUGACAACUAUACUGAUUAUCAACAGUAGCUUAAAUAAUAGUAACAGAUGAUAGAAAAAUUAGCUUCUGAAGGAGCAGAUAAUGAAAAAGCUCAAGUAUAAUUACAAUAAAUGCAAUAAGGCAAAUUCUGGAAAUGA